AUGACUAAUUCCCAUCCAAGACAGCAUCCAGGAGAAAUGCUCCUGCAGAGUGAAGACACUCAGCAAAAGAAUCUGCACACAGAUCAGCAGCCACAAGUAUUCAGCUCAGGUGUGACUGAGAUUCUCAGUCCCUCAGCUUCCUUUCUCUCCAAUUUUGUGAUUACCUUUAUCAUCAUCCUCAAGAUGCCAACACUGUCCUCAAGACAGUUCUCAGUGAUUGGACCUGCAGAAUCCAUCCAGGCCCCACUUGGGGGAGAGGCAGAAUUACCAUGUUACCUGUCCCCAUCCCAGAGUGCUCAGCACAUGGAGGUGAUCUGGUUCCAAUCCACUCACAUGGUACACAUCUAUCGAGAUGGGGAGGAUCAGUUUGGAGACCAGGCCCCUAAUUACCAAGAGAGGACAGAGCUGUUGAGAGAUGCUAUCACAAGUGGGAAUGUCACCCUGAAGAUACGGGAUGUGAGAUACUUGGAUGCAGGAAGGUACACGUGUCUUUUUGGGGAUGGUUUUCACCAAGAGGAAGCUGACAUGGAGCUGAAGGUCUUAGGUGAGGAGCUGGGACCUGGGCUGGGUAUGAUGUGCGCAUAUAUGGGGAAGGUGGAAGGAGAGACUGUCUUCCCAGCUCUGUUAUCAACAUAA